UCCCCUCGGCCGCGGAGCCUCGCUCUCUGCCCUCACUCAUUGGCGGGCCCUGUGGGGGGCGGGACGCGGGGGCUGCGGCCCCGCCCACGGAGGGGGCGGGGACAGCACGCGCCGCCGCAGUAGCGAGCAGACGCUCGGUGCUGGGGAGGAAGCCGCUGUCUCCGGCGCGGUCUUCUGAGGCGUUGGUUUCAAGGCUGCAGCUGGUUGGUGCGCCGACCCGGGCCGCGGCUGCAGCUUCCUCCACGUGCUUUCGGCGGCGACAUGGAGCUGGAAGAGUUAGGAAUCCGAGAGGAAUGUGGCGUGUUCGGGUGCAUCGCCUCAGGAGAGUGGCCCACGCAGCUGGAUGUGCCGCAUGUGAUCACGCUGGGACUCGUGGGGCUGCAGCACCGGGGUCAGGAGAGUGCUGGCAUUGUGACCAGUGACGGCAGUUCAGUGCCAACGUUCAAAACACACAAGGGAAUGGGUCUUGUAAAUCAUGUCUUCACUGAAGACAAUUUGAAGAAAUUAUAUGUUUCAAAUCUUGGAAUCGGGCACACGAGGUACGCCACUACAGGAAACUCUGAAUUGGAAAAUUGUCAGCCCUUUGUUGUUGAAACGCUUCAUGGGAAAAUAGCUGUGGCACAUAAUGGUGAAUUGGUAAAUGCUGCUCGGUUAAGGAAAAAGCUUCUGCGCCAUGGCAUUGGCCUGUCAACAAGUUCUGACAGUGAGAUGAUCACCCAGUUACUGGCAUAUACGCCUCCCCUGGAACAAGACGACACCCCAGACUGGGUAGCCAGGAUUAAAAACUUGAUGAAGGAAGCACCCACGGCAUACUCGCUGCUUAUCAUGCACAGAGAUGUGAUUUAUGCUGUGCGAGACCCUUACGGAAAUCGUCCUCUGUGCAUCGGCCGCCUUAUUCCAGUUUCUGAUAUUAAUGAUAAAGAGAAAAAAACCUCAGAAACAGAAGGAUGGGUAGUGUCUUCAGAAUCUUGUAGCUUUUUAUCGAUCGGUGCAAGGUACUACCGUGAAGUCUUGCCUGGAGAAAUUGUGGAAAUAUCCAGACAUAACAUUCGAACUCUUGACAUUAUACCAAGAUCUGAAGGAAACCCAGUGGCUUUUUGUAUCUUUGAAUAUGUGUAUUUUGCAAGACCAGAUAGUAUGUUUGAAAACCAGAUGGUCUAUACAGUCCGGUACCGUUGCGGUCAGCAGCUGGCAACCGAAGCCCCCGUGGAUGCAGAUCUGGUCAGCACUGUCCCAGAGUCGGCAACGCCCGCUGCCCUCGGUUACGCAGCUAAGUGCGGACUGCCCUACGUGGAGGUGCUGUGUAAAAACCGGUACGUGGGAAGAACCUUCAUUCAACCAAACAUGAGGUUAAGACAGCUGGGCGUGGCCAAAAAAUUCGGAGUACUGUCGGAUAACUUUAAAGGCAAAAGAAUUGUUCUUGUAGAUGAUUCAAUUGUGAGAGGCAACACUAUCUCACCCAUCAUCAAAUUGCUCAAAGAAUCUGGCGCAAAAGAGGUACACAUUCGAGUAGCUUCACCACCAAUUAGAUAUCCGUGCUUCAUGGGAAUAAACAUUCCCACAAAAGAAGAGCUUAUUGCCAAUAAGCCAGAAUUUGAUAGUCUUGCAGAAUAUCUUGGAGCCAACAGUGUUGUGUAUCUGUCGGUAGAAGGACUGGUUUCAUCUGUACGAGAGGAGAUAGAAUUUAAACAGCAGAAAGUGAAAAAGCACGAUGUGAUUCAAGAAAACGGGAUUGGCCCGGAGAGCUUUGAAAAGAACGGUCACUGCACAGCCUGUCUCACUGGCAAAUACCCUGUCGAACUGGAAUGGUAGCUCGUCGGGCAGAUGCAUUGCCGCAACGGACAGCUGGUCAAGAAGUGCCAGCGGCUACACCCUUCCUAUUUACCGGUACUCAGUUGGUACAAUAGAAGACGCCACAUGCUUGCGUACCCGUACAACUUUUGGGGUUUUUUUCUGGAAAGGUUACCAAAGUGUAUAAUUGAAUCUUGCUAAUUGCAUUUCAUACAGCAAUGUACAGUGGUUGUUUUUGUUUUUUUUUUUGUUUUUUCUUUUGUUUUUUUGCUAUAAGCAGUGGCAGGCCCUUGCAGCUGCUAAGUGGCACGUGCCAGAUCCAUGUUUUAAAGGGUUUGUAAGAUGUUAGACUAAGACAGGAGAUAGGAGGCAGAUAGGACAGGUGAGUUAAAUAUAGCAGUUCAUGCAAAGUUUGACUGUAUCAGACCCCACAGGUGGCUAGCCUCCAUAGUUCUGGCUAUGGUUAGGAAUUUGGCUUCCCUAUCUAGCCUUAGACAAAACUGUAUAAAGCAAAAACGAAAAUCAUCUUUUUGUGCCUCAGUUUCCCCACUUGUGUAGUGGGGUAUUUUUAUUGUUAAAUAAUUAUUGGGACUUUGAAUAAGUCCUCCUGGUGAUUACAGCCAACAUCACACCCCUAAAUUUGUGAUUUUUAACUUUUGAAAGCUAAUAGUUACCAGCUCUUUUGAAACUAGUCUGCAGCUAAGGUUUCAUGUGGAGGAGGGGAAAUACAGUUAGGCAUCUAUCUUUGGGGUUGUUGUAAAAAUCUGCCUAUGGAAAAGAUUUUCCUACAUUCGACCACAAAAUAUGAUUUGUCACACUUAGUGCCCUGAUGCUAUAAGCCCAGCGAAUAACCCAGCACAUCUGAAAUGAAGACAAUGUUUGGAUCCCAACAAACCGUUUCUCCUUAGUUUUGCUUAACUAUCAUGCUCUUUGAAUGAAGUACUUAAUCACUCAUAAGCAUAUAUACAUUUAUAUAUAUCUAUAUAUAUAUACAGACGUAUACACACAUAUGUACAAUUGCAAUUAAUGAUCAGGAAGAAAUAUAGUAGGGACCAACAUUUUUUUAAGAAUCAAGGAGACAGCUACUUUUUUGACAUUUGAAUGCCCAUAUCUAAGCAUCCACUUUUUUUUUUUUUUUUUGACAGGCAGAGUGGACAGUGAAAGAGAGAGACAGAGAGAAAGGUCUUCCUUUGCCGUUGGUUCACCCUCCAAUGGCCACCGCGGCCGGCGCACCGCGCUGAUCCGAUGGCAGGAGCCAGGUGCUUAUCCUGGUCUCCCAUGGGGUGCAGGGCCCAAGGACUUGGGCCAUCCUCCACUGCACUCCCUGGCCACAGCAGAGAGCUGGCCUGGAAGAGGGGCAACCAGGACAGAAUCCGGCGCCCCUACCGGGACUAGAACCCAGUGUGCCGGCGCCACAAGGCGGAGGAUUAGCCUAGUGAGCCACGGCGCCAGCCUAAGCAUCCGCUUACAAUCACUCUUUUCUGCUUGAUUAGCAUCUAGAGAAUUUGAUUUUUUAAAAUAUUUUUCUUAUAACAUCUGAAAUUUAGGUUAAGGUGACUUGCCCAUCAACCCUGCUUCUGUAAGAUUUUUUAAACAUAAAAGUGUUUGUUUCUGUUAUGUUACCACAGUGUGACGUAUAUAGCAUUCAGAUCUGCUUAGAAGUUUAAUAUUUAUUAGUGGCUGCAGUUGUUGGUCUUCAUCUGGCGUAUCACCUGGUGUCCUGCAGCAGCGGCUCAGGUGCCGGCAGAGUGGCAGUGCAGAGCCCUGGGACCAUGCCGGGGGUGCAGCACCGAGGCGGCGAGCCCCGGGACUCACGUGUGACCUGGCCUUCCUUACCUUUGACUUGUGAAAAACAAGACACUCAGGGAGUACUACACCCAAAUCUCUGAUCACCCUCAUGUUCUUCGUAGUUCAUUUCACUGGGAUGCUUUCAUAAAGGAAGAUAAUACUGUGACAGUUGGCUGAUGCUACAGAUUUCAUCGUUUUUCUCCAACAUGGACUUGGAUUUCACAAGUUUCUGACACCUGAAUUAAAUUACAGGGUUUUGGUUUGUGUUCUUUUUUUUUUUUAACUGAUGUAGUUUCAAAUGUUGUUUAACUGCUUUAAAUUUGUAUGAAAAUUGUAAACUGCGCAGAUGAGACCUGUGUUUUCACAGGACCUAUAUCGUGAACUGAACUCAGCCUAUGUUUUUGUGACCUCUCUGUGAUGCCUUGGUCGCAAAUAUAUGUAAUAAGUGUAUUUGGACACACAUGUGCUUUUUGAAAAACGGUGACUUCUAGUAAGUACUUGUCGGUGAACAGCACACAGACAUGUAGGCUCCACUCUUGGUGCCAGCUAGUUAGAUCUUACUUCUCUGAUCUUUCAACAAAUAGACCAUCUCUUAUAAACCAGAAAAACCACUUGUUGAAAAUGAGGGACAAAUAAAGUUGUUAGAAAAAGCAA